ACCCCUCGUUUUCUCGUUACUGCCACGUUGACGCUACUUAGAGCCCGGCGGUGUUUAGCUCCGUUGUCUGUACCUGUGUCGUCGGAAACCAACGGAUUGGAAGGACUUUUAAAAAUAUGGCAGGAAAGAGCCAAAAGCUGAAGAUAGCUCGCUGUAUCACCAAUCUUCUUAGCUUACCAUGGCCUACUACUUAGCUCUACUUCUUAGCUCUACCAAGAUUUUAGUUUGGACGAAUUUGAGGUUAUUGGGGGCAACAGCAGGUGGCAAAUCAGGCUCGGUGGAAAGGGGCAAAUACAGGUUGGCUCCAGUUGAAACGGCUUGAACGGCGUCCCUGUGACUCACUGUCUGCACCAAUUACGAAAGCGAUGACGUCUGUGUGUUGUUAUGAGGUUCUCGAACUGAGUGGGUAGAAAUGCGAAGACCUAGAGUUCCCACCUUUCCUAAUUACAUUUGUCCUACCUCAUCGACUGGACUAUAAGCUUCACAGGUCCUGCUUCUCUCUGUCUGCACUCUCCCAUGUGGUCCCUCAAAGCAUGCCAGGUGCUUCCUCCAGGACCUAUUUAGGAACAGGCCUUCGAUAUUUUGAAUCACCUUUACAUGGAGCACAAAGAUGAUGACAAUGAUGAUGUGUCUUUUGCCAAAUGGAUGAGCAGCUUCUGGGGUCACAGCUGGACAGAGGAGGAUGAGAGAGGACUCCGGGACCGCCAUGGAUCACAAGACUCCAGUUACAGGAAAACCUCCCUGCCCUGCCCAGAGAAAGCUUCUACUGAUCAAGAAGAUAAAAUUUCAGUCCAACAUGAGAUUUGUUUGUUUCCUGUGCUUCCCAGCAUGAUGUCAUCUGACAGCCAUCCUAGAAGGCAUUCUUAUGAGGACCAGGGAUUUCAAUGCCAUACUCACAUGCGGGAUUACGGAAAAUGCUCAGGGGAUGGGUCAUUCAAGGAGCCACUGGAAUCAAAAAGAAGAUCCCAUUCCAAAAUUCAGGCAUUUUCAGAGUCCUUUGAACAGCAACUCUGCUUUAGAACCAAACGCUCUGUCUCUUCGGGACCUGAGAGCAGAAAGGAGAGAAAUGAGAGAGAAUGCCGGGCACUGGAAAUGAGGUCUUGCAAGAAAGCGGAGGAAAGAAGGAGCUCUAGGAAGGAACAGCGUGGAGAAGCGUACCUGCCUGCCCUGUCUGAAAAGGGGCCCAAAUAGUACUUUGUUUUCCACACCAUGACUACUGAUGCUGCUGUGUUUUUUUGAGCCCCAAUUCACCAGGCCCAGGAGUGGUAGCUGUAAAGAGUCUGCAGAUGCUUAGUGACUCAAGUGGGUGGUUGAUUCAGCUGCUCCCAAGACAGCUUGCAUCAUACUCCAGCUGCUUUACAGAGUGUGAUCUGCUCUGUUGCCCUUUUAUGGGAAUAAAAAGGAUAAAAGGUAUUUUAAUAGCAUAAAGUAAUUCUUGAAAAUGUGAAGAGAGAUAUUUAAAAAGCUACCCACACAUCUUCCCCAACCCUUC